AUGACUCGCUCGGGUCAGAAAUUUAGUGUGUUCGAGUUCGACGAAGAAGAAGAGAAAGUCGAGAAGGAGUCGGCGAGGUUCGUCGACAAAUUUCGAAUUCGAAAGAGAAAACGAAACGGAAACAACAAGGACGACGACACUUCUCCACUCACUAACGAUGAUGAUAGACAAGUUGGUGGAUGUACUGGGGCUGUGAAAGUAGAAAGUAGCACUGAACCUAUUGAUAUAGAUGAUGGACCAAUUGAUGUUGACACUGGAGUUGCUGGAGAGACCAAUACUUUAUGCGAGGGAAACAGCAAUGACGUAGUAGAUAUUGAUGUUACUGUUAUCGAUGAUCCAUGCCAAUAUUCUGUUUCAGCUCCUGCUAGAAUGCCACAAGAAGAUUGUGAUGUCAAGGAAGAUAUUUCUCGGCUGGAUACCCUUAGGUUAUCCAGUUUCUCAAAUUACGAAAAUGAGUCAGUUGGUACAAUUUCAGAUAAUGAUGUUGGGAUUGAAAUGAGCUCAUCAACUUCUGUCUCUUCUCUCACUGAGAAUGAAGCUCCAUUAGGAAAACAAGUGCCAGAGUGUGUUUCUGUCGGACAUAAAAUUGAUUACACAAAUAAUACAGUUGCUGUUUUCCCUGACAUUAUCCUAUGUGGCGCCAUAUACGGUGCAGAGUCUUCCUUAACUUUCUCGGGAAGCAGCAUCAGAAUGGAGGGUUCAACUGCAAAUGGGGUCAAGGGAAUAUUUUGUGCUGAGUGGACUCUUGGUGAUAUUAUUAGUAUUGAGUCAAAAUGGUGUGAGACAGUUAUGACUGCUAUGGUUUGUCUCUGCCUCAAAUCAAAGGUUUCUGAAGGAGCUGGAAAUACAAAUGAUACUUCAGAUGUUAACAAGUUGAAGUUUUCAGUUUAUGAUCCUCUUUGGCAUGAAGGAGAGGAUGCAAUCAAAUCAUUACAUGUCAGAUACAGGGAUAACUGGAAUGUUACUUCUGACUGGUUAGCGGGAACUAUUGUUCCCGAUACAGGAAUUCUCUCAUACCUUGACAUAGGUAGAUCGUUGUCAGAACAAUCUUUUAGUCUUGAACAUUUCCAAUGUCUUCAUGAGACCUUUGAAGAGGUUAUUUAUCCUAUUGGUGAUCCUGAUGCUGUUUCAAUUUGUAAGAGAGAUGUGGAGCUUUUACAUCCAGAUACAUUCAUCAAUGAUACCAUCAUUGACUUCUAUAUCCAGAUGAAGGCAAAAAUUCAGCUAAGGUACCAUGCAUCUUGCACAUGGAUUCUAUCAGAGGAAGUCAUAGGGGCCUCAAGAAUCUUAUUCAAAGAUGGGUUGUCUACCCAAUCUUGUGAUCCAAAUAAGGAAGAAACUGGAGUUGAGUUUCUGGAGGAGAUAUCCAGGGCAGUAUCUGGUCCUGACACUGAUAUGGGGAUUCAGAUUUCACUCACAGCGAAAUCUCCAAUGAGAAUUGCACAACAACGACGACUUGGAGAACUAGGAUUGAAUUCCAGGGAUUUGUUCGAACCAAGAGCUAGUGCAAGGUCCUUUUCCAAUAAAGAUCGCUGGCAGACAAGAACACUUCAUUGGAGUAGUUGCAUGUCACCGGUACAGGAGGCUGAAGAAACUGGUGAGCAAAUCUCUGAUUCAUCAUCAAACACCGAAGAUGAUUGGCAACCUGCUAACUUGGCAACUGAAUUUUCCUCGAACUCAUUUUCUCACAAAGAUCUUAGAUCUCUCGGUUCAUCUAGGAAUCGGAAAUAUAUGCAGCUUGAGGAAGCUUAUGAUGGCUCCAGUUCUGGUGCAUCCAUCAGUGGAUCCCUUAAAUCAUCAGAGAUAGGGGUGGGGGUUGAUCAAGAUCAUUUGCUUUCACAAUUUGAGGGAUUUGCCCAUCAAAAACAAACUGAUUGCCAUGAACUUUCUUCAAAAUCAAUCAAGUCUGAGGAAUUUGCUGAUUGUGUUGUUGACUCUCAAGAGGGAAACUGCAUGCACAAUGACCAUGUGGCUACUGAUUCACCAUCCUCCUUUCAUUGCAAUAACCUUGCUGCAUCAGUCGAUGCAAUUAACGCUGCUGAAAACAUUUUGAGAAAAGUCCGAAAACCUGUAAGCAAUGUGGAUUGGGCAUCAGAUGAACAGAAUGCAGAAAGGACAAAGCUUACAUCUUCUGAUGGCACAUGA